AUGGCGCCUUCGUCGAUCUCGUGGCGCGCCGCCGUCGCGGCGCUCGUCGUCGCGAUCGCGGCGAUCGCGCCGUCGCCCGCGGCGGCGAUACACGCGGAUCAAGUCGGGAGCUACGACUGGCACCGAUCGUUCUUGGGCGACGCGACGCACGCCGCGUUCGCGGGAUCCGCGGACCGAAGACGCGCGUUCAUCGCGACGGACCAGGGCGCGAUCGCCGCGGUGUCCAUGAAGACCGGCGACAUCGCGUGGCGCCAAGUCCUCGAGCGCGGCGACGUCGUCGACAAGCUCGUCGUCGCCUCCAAGAUGCUCCUCGCGCUCUCGGGCGGCGGCAAACACCUGCGCGCGUACUCGAUGAAGGACGGCGAACUCCUGUGGGAACGCGUCGCGUUCACCGCCGCGGCGCCGAGCGCGGACGCCGCGAAGGAGGCUGCGCUCGACGCCGGGAUCGACCUGCUGCCGCUCAACGAGGACGUCGACGGCGACGGCGCCGACGACGUGCUCGUGCUCGCGCGAGGUAGAGCGCAGCUUCGGUCGACGGCGGACGGCGGCGUCGCGUGGGAAAGCGACGCGGCGGGUGAAUUCGGCGGCGGCGAGAUCGCUCGCAUGCAGCGCGUCGUCGUCGCGACCGCCGCCGCCAACGUGAAGGUCGCGAUCGCGAUCGGCGUCACGGAGGACGACCACCGCGCGUGCGCGGUGGAGAUGAACCUGAAGACGGGCGCGACGCUUCGAAAGCAGUGCGGCGGCGCGGGCGGGCUCGCGCCUCCGGGGGGCCCGGGCGCGGGCGCCGCCGGCGCCUCCCUCGCGGUCAAGUCCGGGGGCGACAACGGCGAUAAGGUCUACGCGCUGACGACCGCGAUCGACGGCGCGAAGCUCGCGGUGAUCGACGUCGCGAAGCUGCUGCAGGGGAAGCGCGGCGCGACGACGCUGAGCGACGCGCCGGCGGAGGUGGGCGGCGGUUUCCGCGGCGGGGUCGCCGCGAUUCGCGGCGGCGACGGCGAGGCUGACGCGGCGGCGCUCGCCGCCGGCGCGGCGACGCUCCUCGGCGACGCCGGCUGCGCACUCGCUCGGCUCACGGACGCCGGCGCCGUCGAGAUCGUGCGCGCGUGGGGGCUGACGACGGGCGCCGCCGGCGGAGGUAACGCCUGCGCUGCGGCGGUUUCGCCGGCGGCGACGGCGCUCGCGGGCGUCGUCGUCGGCGCCGUCGUCGUCGACGCGAAGACGAACGCGGCGUCCACUUCGAUCAUCUCGCUCGAGACGGGCGCGGUCGUCAAGACGACACAGCCGGUGCGCGGGUACGCGCCCGCGGACCACGGGGUCGUGAAGCGCGCGUGGCUGUCCUCCACGGGCGCGGUGUUUUCUACGCUGGUCGUCACGGAGGACGCGACGCUGUCCGCGCACGGCGGCGCGGAGGAAAUCAGAGGCGAGCGGCUCUGGUCUAGGGACGAGUCUCUCGCGCUCGCGGGCGAGGUUUUCUUCGCGAAGCUCCCGCCGCCCAAGUCCGCGGCGGCGGCGGCCGCGGACGACCUGCGCGUGAAACCGUCGUUCGCGGAGCGUUACAAGACGCAGGUUUUGGCGCUCAAGGCGCGGUUUAACCAAGCCAAGCAGGAGGACAUCGAGACGCUGACGGCGUUGCGACGCGGCAGAGGCGCGAAGCUCCUGCCGACGCGCGACCUGAAAGGCCUGCGCCAGCAGAUCAUCGCGCUCGCGCCCUCGGGCGCGAUCACGUCGCUGCACAACGGCGACGGCCGCGUGUUAUGGCGGCGGUUCCUCGGCGGCGGUACAGCUGGCGGCGGCGAAUACUCGUACGCGUCGAUCGAGAAGUGGCGUCCCACGGGCGACCACGCGCACGACAGCGAGCACGCGCUCGUGCUCGGCGUCGACGAGCGUAACGACCGCACGCGCGCGGUCGUCGUGGACCUGUACACCGGCGCGAUCGAGAGCGACGUGGUUUUGCCGUUCGCGACCGCGCAUUAUCUCCCGUUGCCGUCGGCGGCGGCUGCGGCGGAUUCCAAGACGCACGAGGCGUCGGCGGCGCUGCUCGUGGACGCGGCGGGUGCGUCCGCGACGGUGUUCCCGGACACCGAGGAAGCGCGCGUCGCCGCGCACGUCGACCGCGGCGUCGUGUCGUUCUUCACCGUGGAUCAGAGCGCGAACGAGAUUCGCGGCUACGCGCUCUUGCCGUCGUCGGCUUCCGCCGCGGAAACGAAACCGUCGUCGGCGGAGGCGUCGGCGUUUCCGUCGUCCUAUCCCGUCGCGCAGACGUGGUCGUCGCUGUUCCCCCCCGAGAGCGGCUCCAUCGUCGGGUACGCGUCGAAACCCUCCGACGAGGUCGUCCACUCGUGGACGCGCGUCCUCGGCGACCGCUCGACGCUGUUCAAGUACCUCUCCCCGAACGUCAUCUUCGUCGCCGCGUCUCCGACGACGUUCGACGUCGCCGGCGCGGGCGACGCCUCCUCGGACGCGUCGCUCGCGUCCUUCGUCCUCGUGCACCUGAUCGACGCCGCGACCGGGCGCGUGCUCUACCGCGUCAAGCACCCGGAGGCGCGCGGACCCGUCCACGCGGUCGUGUGCGAGAACUGGGUCGUGUAUCACUACUACAACACGCGCGGUGGGAGAUUCGCGAUGAGCGUCCUCGAGAUGUUCGACGACGCGGAGCACCGAAAAGGGCUCGCCGUCGGCGAGCUGAUGCGGAGCUCCAUCUUCGCGGGGGGCAACGACACGGAGACGAUCUCGUCGUUCGCGCCGCCGCCGCUUCGAAUCAUGGGUCAGAGUUACUUCGUUCGACCGGCGGCGACGAUGAUGACGAGCACGUACUCGAUGAAAGGGGUCACCGCGCAUCAAGUGCUGAUGGGCACGGCGACGGAUCAGGUUGUGGCGUUGGAUAAAAAGUUUUUGGAUCCGAGGCGUCCGUCGCGGAAGCCCACCGCGGAGGACCGCGAAGAAGGGCUCGUGCCGUACCAGGAGGUGCUGCCGAUCUUCCCGCAGAGUUGGGUCACGACGAGGCAUCAGGUGGCGCGGUUGAGAGGGAUAAAGACCGCGCCCGCGUCGCUGGAGAGCACGGUGUUGUGCGUCGCACACGGGUUGGAUUUUUUUUACACGCGGCUGCACCCGUCGCGGAGCUUCGACACGCUGGACGACGAGUUUUCGUACUUGCUUCUGAUCGCGACGUUGGCCGCGCUCGCGGUCGGCGCGUUCGUGACGCACGGGAUGGCGUACUCGAAGGACCUGAGCCGGAAGUGGAAGUGAUCAUGGCGAGCGGAGUUUUGACAAAAAACGCAGACUAAAAUUCC